AUGAAAUUAUUUAAACAAUGUUUUCAAGAAUUCUUUCUUCAGGUUUAAAUACAAGAACUCUACAAAUAUGAGGAAUCUUUAAAUAAUUUAACUCUUUAAUUUCAAUCUGAGGAAUUAGAAUAGUCAUAUUAAAAUAGAUAAAUGGCUAAAGUAAUUGUGUAAUUCAGGAUAUUGAUAAACAUCGGAUUUAUCAUAAACUCAGCCGUUGUGUAUAAUUCUGCAGAAAUUGUGAAAUAUAGAAUCAUAUUUAUAGGAUGGAUGUUCAUAUGCUUAUAUUUAUAGAAAAUUUCAGGGAAAUAUUGGAAUAUCACCACAAAUAUACUUAUUUUUAUCAACAGUGUAAUCAGUGUGCUGUUGUUUGCUUUCUUUACGAAAUUUGUGAACACUGCUCAAACAAAUAAAGAAGAUGUUAUGAGCCUUUCUUUAAUAUCUGGCUUGCAAUAAGGAUUAUUUGCAAUGAGUUUUUUUUUAAUUUAAUCAAACUACAUUAUGCAGAGUUUAACAAUGAUAAGUUUCUUCCUAAUUUUGAUGGGAAUUUUUACCAAAUUUUUAAAUUACCGAUUAUGGACAUAAUAUCUCCCUCUUACAUUUACAUGUCAUUUAUUAAGAUAGAAUGAGAAAACAAAUAGAUUGAACCCUUUAUUAAUCCAUAAGUCUCAUAAGAAUCUAGAAGCAUGUAAAAAACUUUAUGAUGAAACUGUACCAACUUCAAUUAUAAUUUUAGAAGAGAAUUUAUAUUAAGAAGGGGUUAAUAAAAUUGAAUAAUUAAAUUCAGUAGAUUCUCAUAAAGAAAAACUAUAUACAUAGGAAAGCAAAUUUAUGAAUGUGAGUUACUUCAAUAAGAGCGCAUCUAUUCAUUUUGAAACAGCAGAAGAGAACAUUUUAACUGAAAGAUUAGCUGAAAUAGAAAUUCUAAAUUCAGAAGAUUCGAUUUUACAUAGCUAAAAGAACAAACUAUUGGAUAAAAUUUCAGGUUUGCAAUCUGCUAUUCAAACUGAACUGCGCUUUAAUACAAUUAAUUCUUUUGAUUAUUAAAUAAUGCCAACAAACAAAAAAAUGCAGUGUCAAAGAGUAGUAUAAAACCAAAUUAUGUAAGAUGUUAAAUCAUCUAAAGUUCAUUACUAUGAUGCCUAAGCUCAAGGAUGUUUAUGGGAUGGAAAAUAAUGUAUUAUGCUAAUAUUAAAUGAUACUACUGAUCGAGUCUUAAGGAUAAAGCACCUUCAAGAAUUAGACAAUUAUAAAGAUAAUUUAUUAGCUGCUGUUUCUCAUGAUCUCAAAACUCCUCUCAAUGGCCUUAAUAUUCUCACUCAUUUAAUUAAAUCAAUGAUGGAAAAUAAACAAUUAUUGGUUAGAAAUGAUAUUUAGGAAAUUGUCGUUUAAAUCGAUCACAUGAUUUCAAACUAAUAAAUCUUAUUAACAAUGAUCAAUGAUUUAAUUGAUUAUUCAUAAUUAAAAAAAUAAGGAUUAAGAUUAAAUUAUACCUAAUUUGACCUUUCAGCAUGCAUAUAAUAAAUUAAGAACAUGUUCAAAAGGUAAAUGGAUCUAAAACAUUUAUAAUUCAACGUUAUAGGACUAAAUGAAAAGAUUAUCAUGUAUUCAGAUCAAGUUAGAUUAUAAUAAAUCUUAUUUAAUUUGAUAUCUAAUGCAAUUAAAUUUACAUCUAAUGGACAAAUUACAUUGAAAAUAAAUAAAGUAGAUAAUGUUAAUCAACAAUUAAUUUAUUUCUCCGUCUAAGAUACUGGAAUAGGAAUACCUGCACUUAUUCAGAGUAAAUUAUUCAAAGCCUACUCAACUUUUAAUUUAGGAAAUUAAAACUCAUAAGGAGUAGGAUUGGGAUUGGUAAUAUCAAGAAAUUUAGUCGGCUUAUUAGGUCCAAGUGAAUUUAUAGAAAUGAGUUCCAAGGAAAACUAAGGAUCAAAUUUCAGUUUCUCGAUAUACAUGGACGCCAAGCAAAAAGAAUGCAAUUUCACUAACACUAUAUAAACGGAUAAUGGAAUUCCUGAAAGUGAUCCAGCUCCUGAUCAUCCAACUCCAUUCCCUUUAAUCAAAAGACAAAAAAAAAAAUAUCCAACUGCAAUCAACGCUUCUACAAAUUUUUAUUAAAAAAUUAAAAUUCUUAUUGUAGAUGAUAUUACCUUUAAUAUAUACGCUUUAAGAGAAUUAUUAAAGAGGUUUGUUCAAUGCGAUAUUCACGUAGCUUUUAAUGGUAGGGAAGCAUUAAAAAAAGUCGAAGACACAAGGUUUGAUAUUAUAUUUAUGGAUAUCGAAAUGCCUGAAUUAAAUGGAUUCGAAGCUACAAAAUUGAUUAGGCAGUUCGAAUAAAAUAACUAAUUUUCAAGGUCAAAGAUCUGUAUGUUGUCUGGUUUCUAGGGAGAAAGCGAUCUCAAAAAGUCUUUAGAAAUUGGAGCAGAUUUACAUUUACCUAAGCCUAUAGAAAUUUCAGUUCUAAAAGGAAUCCUGGAAGAACUCAAAUUUAUAUGA